AUUUUUAGCAUUUCAUUUAAACUUUAUGGGAAUUGAAACCAUAUCGAAAUGGUGACUUUAUCGGUAAUACUCACGAAGUCACUUCUUUUGGUUGGAAUCUUGUUUGAGCCACCUUACAUUUACAUAAUUAUCAUUCAACUUUCCACUUUCCUUUUCAUUCAAUGUGGAAGUAAAAAGAAAAAAGAAAAAAGCGAAUCAGAAGACGAAACAGAAGAUGAAGACUCAGAAAAUCAACGUCGUCGAAAGAAACGGGCGGCCGAUAAAAAGAGAAAAAAGAUAAAGGCGGCAAAGGUAGCAGCUCAGAAAAAAGAAGGGCCUGUUGUUCCAAAACCACCAAAAAAUCGUGCCGCAAUUGCUGAAACGUAUGACCCAAAUUAUCAAACAUUAGCUGGGCUUAACAAUGACCUAGUGUUUGGAGAGCAACCCGGAGCAGGUCCUCGAGCCCCGCCGCCUGGAUCCAAUCCUGGAAUGGUUGGAACCGCAGAUCCUAAUUACCAAACAUUGGCAGGGCUCAACAAUGAUUUAGUUUUUGGAGGGGGAGGCGGAGGUCCCGCACCACCGAAGGCUCCAACUGUUGGAGGAAAAGCUGCAACUAAUGACCCCAACUAUCAGACACUCGCGGAUCUUCACAACGAAGAAAUCUUUAAAGAAAAAGGGGCGAAACCUCCUGAGAAUGUCGCGAAGGCUGCUACGAACGAUCCCAACUAUCAGACCUUAGCCGGACUCCGCAAUGAUGAGAUUUUCAAGCCAAAAAACCCAGCUGCUCCUGUUCAACCUCCAGCUCGCGAUGUACAAACUCCAUUUAUAAAUAACAAUGAUCUCCGUCCAAAACAACCAGUUCAAAAAAAUGUAAAAGCAGGAAUGUAUGAUCCUAACUAUCAGACACUCGCCGGUCUCAAUCAGGAUAUUUUUGGAGCUGACAAGAAGAAGAAUUACUAGCUCAAUCAGUCACUUGUGAAUAAAUAUUUGGAAACUUAAAU